AUUUAGCGCAUAGCUAUCCUAUCUUUUAACCCGGAAGUAUAUUGCAGAUGUCACAUAUCUACCUAAGUUAUAAUUAUGCAAAAUGGAUUUUUGGAAAUUAAGUUAAAUUCAUUUCAGAUGAUAUACAACGAGCUACUGAUUCAAACGAUACAGAUCACUUUAGCAGCAAAUGGAUGAAGGAAAGACAUUAUUUCGUCUAUUACGCAAUGAUGAAAAUCCAUUACAAUUUGGAAUAAUUGCCAAGAUUCCAUUAGCAGUGGAAAGUCCAAGGAACCAUAUAAGUGAAGGAUCUAAACUGCCUUCACAGUGGAUAUCAACAUCUAGGAACAUGGCAGCUAUUGAUCUAUUAAUAAAAUUAAAACGAAAAACUGAGGGCCCCAAUGCUAAAUGCAGAGUUGCAGUAAUUGAUGAACAGAAGUUGCUUUGGUACUCGCAAUUAAGUGUGUUUCAAAUUCGACAACUUUUUCAAACAUUUAAUAUAAGAAAUGGUCAAAUACCAGCACAUCUUUAUCCAAUGUUAUGCCCGACAAUUUCAUUGACAACAGGUCCAGUUUUAGAUUUCACAGAUCAGCAAGUUUUGGAUACAUAUAUACCUACAGUGCAGGGUGUCGGAAACAAUAAUAAGAUUAGAGGUUAUGCAAUGAAGUACAGUGAAGUGUUAGUGGAACGAUAUAUUCCGGCGGACUGUUGUAUUGCUGUAUACAACAAGUAAAGUCAAGAAUUAAUUUAACUUCUAUAUAAAAUAAGCAUGCAACUGUUAAAUAUUACCCGAGUUGAUGUUUAAUGUGAAUGUUAAGUUUCUAUUAUUAAAUGUUAAAGAAAUUACAUGAAUUUGUUAUCUUGUCUAGAAUAACUGAUUACAUAAAGUAAACAAUUGUUAAAUAAAUACCAAACUGAAUUACAUGUAUGUUCUCAA